UAUCUACUUGAAAUUCACCUUUUUUAAAUUCACUGAAUUUAAUUCAGUGUGCAAUUAUUUAACAAUCAAUUCAUUUUUUAAUGUAGAUUAACUAAUCAUCUACCUUUAAUUUUGUAUUUUAUUUAAACUUUUUGCUAAGAAAAAUUUUGUUUCUAUCAAUUUAAACCACUUUGAGUUGGUUUGCUUGUAUUCACUUUGUUCACUUCCAACCCGUGUCAGUACAAAUUUAUUGUUUGGAUCGAUGAUCUAAUGUUGACCUUCAUUUUUUACGACUGAUGUAUUCACCACCGCAAUUCUGUGUCUCUGUCGGAAAUUGAGGAGAAAUUGUGUUCCAAUUAAAAUGAUACGCAUUAGAAUUCAUUCAAAUAUUCUGUUGUCAGCAACGUGAUUGCCUCGUUUUUCAAUAUUACGGAAACAAUGAUCUGUGCUAACCUUGGAUUUGGUAAUCAUUACUAUCAACACUAGUUUUAAAUUCAUACAGAAAUUGGUAGACAUUCAGUCUGUUUUCCUGUUGAUCCUUUCUCACAGUUUGCUCAGUCUUAACCCUUAUUUACUGAAAUAACAUGCAAGUGGCAAUAGUUGGAGCUGGUAUUGCUGGUUUAGGUGCAGCUUUAACAUUGGUUAAAGCUGGUUUCAAUCGUGUCACCAUUUACGAAGCUCAAGAUUACAUUGGUGGAAGGAUUAAGUCAUUAAAACAUGAUGACAACUACCUUGAAUUGGGAGCUCAAUGGAUACAUGGACAAGAAGAUAAUGUAUUAUUUGAAAUGGCCUCCGAACAAGGCUUAAUUGCCUCAACUGAAGCAAGCGAAGGUGUUGGAUAUUUUUGUACCCAAAAUGGCCAUAAAAUUGACCCGAGCCUGGUUAAUCAAGUGAUCAUGUUUUUAGAUACAAUUAAAAUGUCUCUCUCCAAUGGUGAUUACAAACUCGACUAUCUCAGGAAUAAUGUUGAUGAAGAGAAAAAUUUAAAUAAUGUUUCAGUCGGAGAAAUUUUCAAGACUCGGUUUAAAAAAUGGAUGGAAAGCAAAAAAUUCAAAUCUCCUCAAGAUGGUGAACUUGUUCAAGGCAUUUUCAACUGGUUUAUGAAAUUUGAAAAAAUAGAUAAUUCAUGUACAUCUCUGGAUCAGCUGUCCAUAAUAUCUUAUUCACUCUAUCGAACAUGUGAAGGUGUUCCGCUCAAUAACUUCAAAUCCAGCUAUUCAUCUUUCAUAGAAUCACUACUAGAAUCUAUUCCUGAGGUAAUCAUCAAAAUCAAUUGUCCUGUAAAGCAAGUUAAAUAUCAUCCAACAUUGGAAAAUAAAGCCAGCCUGACUCUUGGAGAUGGAUCAACUGUUUAUGCAAAUCAUGUUAUCAUCACAAGCUCAAUUGGUUUCUUAAAACAUAACAUGGAUUCAUUUUUCGAACCGAAACUUCCUUUACAAAAGCGCCUUAUUAUCCAAACUAUGGGUUUUGGAACUGUGAAUAAAAUUUACCUUGUUUUUGAUGAAUCUUUUUGGCAACCCUGUGAUCUUGGAUUCCAAAUGGUUUGGUUGGAAGAGGAAAAAGCAAACUACUCUGAUCAAUAUCCACCAUGGGUCUAUGACAUCUCUGGAAUAGAUACUGUUGCUGGUCAACCUAAUGUUUUGGUUGGUUGGAUUGGUGGAAAAGGAGCUGAAUUGAUUGAAAAGGAAAGUGAUGAAACAUUACUUCGAGUUUUCCAUUCUUUAUUAACACGUUUCCUACCUUCAAUUGUCCAUAGAGAAAUACCUAAACCAAUCAAAAUUAUUCGAACAUCUUGGUAUUCAAAUAAAUAUGUUCGAGGAGCUUAUUCCAAUCGGACAGUUGCCUUUGCCAAGCUGAAUGUUUCGAUAGAUGAAUUGACAAAACCUCUCACCGUUUCAUAUCAACUUGAAAAUGAAAAAACAAAAUGUCGAGUUGAUUGGCCUUUAAUAUUAUUUGCCGGUGAAGCUACAGAUGAUAAAUUUUUCUCAACUGCCCAUGGAGCUCUUUCAUCUGGUAUAAGAGAAGCUUCACGAUUGAUACAAUUUUGGCAAAAAUAUCAAAUGAUUUAACGAACAACCUGAACAUCUUUCCAUACUUCCACUGAUUUUUGAUUGAAAUUUGGAUUAUAACUUAAAUAAUACAUCUUGACGAAAAAGCGAUGUAAUUAAUAUGCCCGAUUCAAAUACAGAAUAAAAUCUUUUUGUCCAAUUUA